AUGGAGUGUAACAAAAUUCAGUUAGUUGCAAUAUUGUCAUUCAUUUUUCUUGUUCAAAACAUUCAAGGAUGGGGAGAAGAAGGACACGCCAUUACUUGUAAGAUCGCCCAGGCUCGUUUGACCGAUGCGGCCGCUGAUGCUGUCAAACAAUUGCUGCCUGCUUAUGCGAAUGAUGAUUUGUCAAGUGUUUGUACCUGGGCUGAUCGUGUCAAGUUUGCUCUUCGUUGGACGUCUGCUUUGCACUACGCCGAUACUCCUCCUAAGCUUUGCAAUUUCCAAUACGCUAGGGAUUGCAAGGAUUUGAAUGGUGUGAAAGAUGUAUGUGUUGUAGCAGCAAUUAACAACUACACCACUCAGCUUCUUGACUAUGGCAAAAAAGACACUCAACAUAACCUUACACAAGCACUUCUGUUCCUUUCUCACUAUAUGGGAGAUGUUCAUCAGCCUCUACAUACUGGUUUUACGACCGACAAGGGAGGAAAUACAAUCGAUGUUCAUUGGUACACAAGGAAACAAAAUCUUCACCAUGUGAGUGAUGAUUACAAUUCUCACCAUCAUGAAUCAUCAGCUACUAUUUCACUUUCUGCUUUACUGACUGAGUUUUUACGAUUUAGGUUUGGGAUGCUAACAUUAUUGAAACAGCACAAGAAAGAUUCUAUGACAAUAACAUUGAUGAAUACUUUAAGGACAUUCAAAAAACAUCACGAUAAAGUAGCAGAUUGGGAAGCUUGCAGUUCUGAUCUGGCCACAUGCCCAAACGUUUAUGCAUCUGAAGGUGCUAAAGAUGCUUGUGAAUACGCAUAUAAAGAUGCCCCCGAAGAUGCUACACUAGAAGGUACUUUGCGAUUAGCUCAAGGAGGCGUUCGAUUGGCAGCAGCCCUGAAUAAUGUUUUUCAGUGA